CCGGACUCCACAUCUUCACUUCGAAUUUCCUACGAAAACUCGAAGCCAUGGACCGCUCCUUCAGUGAUGCCUCAGCCUUCUCCACGCGGUACCCGAUGUACGUUAUACCAGCGACCAAGCUGAUGAAGAUGAACAAGUUUGUGAUCCACAAAGAGUUGCUGGCUCAGGGAGUGGUGGAGGAAUUUGAUCCCAAAGGCAAGGGCAAGGUGAUCGUGGUGUCCCAUCAAUGGCUGAGCUAUGACCACCCUGAUCCCCAGCAGGAGCACUUCUUCACGCUGAAGCGAGUCCUUGACCGCCUGCGGAAUGGCGAGGUGAAUAGGGUGGAGGACUACUGGCUGCACAGCAUGAUGUUCCGCUCCUCGGGCAUCACAGCCAAAGAGUGGAAGGACAACUUUGACAAGACGUAUGUGUGGAUUGACUACUGCUGCAUUCCGCAGCUGGAGAGUGAACCGGAUCCUGGCACUGUACAGGCGACUAGUCUGGCUGUGCAGUCCAUCGCUGCGUACAUCGAGAGGGCCUCGCUCCUGCUGGUUCUGGCGCCUGUUUGCGUCCACGAGGAUACCCGGCAGCCGUGCAACUUCGCCAGCUGGCGCCGACGCGGCUGGUGCCGACUGGAGAUGAUGAGCGCCAUCCUCUCGCCCGAUGUUAGGGUCAUGGUCUGCACUGGGGCAGAGGCGACGCCCUUCCUGCUGCACCCCUUUGAGGCACCACGUCUGCCCGUGGGCCAAGGCGACUUCAGCUGCUGCGAGCUGGGCCACCAAAUGGGCGGGCAUCGGCUCACCUGUGACAAGAAGCUUUUGCGUGCCACUGUCGAGGAGAUGCUGCAGGCCAAGGUCGUGAGCUUGCAGCGCGAGGGUCUGGCGGCGGAGAAGAACUGGCACGCCAGCGUGCAGCGAUUCUUCCUGCAAGGCCUCCCAGAGAAGGAGGUGCCCUUUUGCAUGGCAGAUUGCGCCCAGCAUUCUUCCGAGCAGGAGGAUGUGGAGAUUUUGCAGCGCUUUCUGCGCGAGCGCUUUGAAACCUGCCGCAGCCUGGAAACUCUGAAAAGGCAUGUGGGCUGGACGCGGUAUGAUGAGACUCGGGCACACACUUCAGGCUUCACGCUGAUGAUGUGUGCAGCGAUUUCAGACCACACGGACGCUGUGCACGAGCUGGCUGCAGAAGACCCGGGCCUGGUAAACCAAGGCCUCAAGAGGCAAUUCUAUCACCUGGCCUUCAUGUGGCAGAACGUGCGUCCGCUGUCGGCUGCGAUGGCCUAUGCCAGUUGGGAUACGGUGCAGGCGCUACUUGAUUGCAAGGCCGACCCCAAGGCGCAAGCGGCCAAUGGUAUGGAUGCGCUCUUUUUCGCUUGCUGCAUCGGAAACCUGAAGAAUAUCAAGCAGUGGCUGGUCACCUUCCCUGACUGGGACCUCGAGCGCACACUCCCCAUGGUGGGCAUGAGCCCCUUGUGCGCUGCCGUACUGAGUGGUGCAAACAAGGAGCCGGCCUUGCGCGCGCUGAUCGAGGCCAAAGCGAAGCUCGAGGUGAAGAAGCGCUGGGGUGGCCGUUCUGCGCUGAUGUGUAUCAUUGCGAACAACGAAGACAGCCAGUGCGACGCCAUGAAGGUGCUCAUCGACCAAGGCUGCGACGUGAACGCCACGUGGACGGCUCACAGCAGCCUCUUUGCCGGUGCUCUCAAGGCAUCUCGGCUAGUCACCAAGAUGUUGCCCGACCGACCCUUUGCAGAGCUGGCAGUGCUGCAAGGAUCAACCCCAUUGCAUUUUGCCGCCAAGCGUGGUGAUGCUGAGAUGGUGAGGCUGCUCGUCCGCGCAAAUGCUGAUGUACAUCGGCGUAAUGCGCAGGGGCGACGCCCGAUUGAUGUGGCCCGCAGCUUCUUCGGCGGCCAGGUGCCGCAGAGCUUGUCGGAAGUGCUGCUGGCAGAUGCCGACAACUGGGAGGCCGAGGACCUGCCGCGGCUGAAGCUGAAGUACCUGCCCCACGCCAUGGUUCACCAGGAGCGCCUGAGCUGGGACUCCUUCAGUAGCUCACCAGUGGAAGCGCCGAAGAAGAGCACGCUGAUCUCGUUGUGAGCCGCACGGACCACCGAGCAUAGGGUCCACGCUGACCGCGGUUCCAUGGUGCACGGGAGCUUCGCCGCAAUUUGAUCUCGAGCAAAGGAUUUCAAGAUUGCA